UUGAUAUUUGUCAUAACCCUUAAUACAUCAAAUAAAGAACAUAAAGUAUGAAAACAGAUACUAACUUAUCUAAUAUUUAGUUAUCGCAUUUGAUAAGAUAACAGCACCAAUGACUAGCCGAUAAAGACACAUUCCAUAUUAAUGUUCUACCACAUUCAAUAUGCCAUGUAGAGACAAAAUAUUAUUUAUUAUUUGUGUAAUAUAAAUAUCAGUAUGGACAUGAACAGUGGUGUGAAUCCAUCCCAAGGUGAUCAUGAAAGAGCACAAAUAAAUGUUGAAAGUGAAUUGGUUAGUUACAUGAGGACUUCUCCACCACCGUAUUCAGUGUCUGACCCAACCAGGUCAGUAGUCAACCAGCAGCCAACUGUCAUACAUCAAACCAUAAUAAUACGAGGGUCACCAUUCAAGAACAAACCAAUCUACAUAGAUUGUCCAGGAUGUAAUACUACUAUUCUCACAGAUGUAAAAUAUGUCAGUACAACAAAGACUCAUAUGAUAGCAGGUUUCGUUUGUGGAUUUACUAUCUGGUGUAUGCUGUGUUGUCUCACUGCAGUGCCAUAUUUACUGCCAAUAUUCAAGAAGGCUGAACACUACUGCCCAAACUGCCAAAAACUUUUGGGACAGUAUUCAAAGUUGUAAUAAAAAUAAAAAUAAUGUAUUUAUUUUCAAUUAUUUAAUGAGCUAUCCAUAAUAGAACACCAUUACAAUGUGCCAUGGAUCUGUGAUAUACAAUGUCCAAAAGAUAUGAAAUGUUUUACCUAAUCUACAUUAACUUACAUUAAAUAAAUUACUUGUAAAUAUUAUAA